CCCUUUCACUCUCUAAACCCACUCUCAAGCCCUAACUACGCCAACAAUGUCAGGUUUUGAUUACAACGACUCAACAAACUCAGCUGAUUCCGUCAAUAACGGCGUUAACACACCCGUUUUCUACCGGAACCCUAGUUUCAGCAACGUCAUCUUAAACGACAACUGGAGCGACUUGCCGUUAAGCGUCGACGACUCUCAAGACAUGGCCAUUUACAACACUCUCCGUGACGCCGUUAGCUCCGGCUGGACACCCACCGUUCCUCCCGUCUCAUCUCCGGUGGCUACGGCCCAAGUUUCCGUGAGAGAUGAGAAACCGGAGACUGUGGUUGCGUCGGAGGCGAGUGGUUCCAACGCUCCGCCGAGGCAAAAGGGAAUGCAGUACAGGGGAGUGAGGAGGAGGCCGUGGGGGAAGUUCGCCGCGGAGAUAAGGGAUCCAAAGAAGAACGGAGCUAGGGUUUGGCUCGGGACUUACGAGACGCCGGAAGACGCGGCGGUGGCUUACGACCGAGCAGCGUUUCAGCUCAAGGGGUCAAAAGCUAAGCUUAACUUUCCACAUUUGAUUGGUACUUGUAAGUAUGAGCCGGUUAGGAUCAGGCCUCGCCGCCGUUCGCCGGAACCGUCAGUCUCCGAUUAUUCAUCGUCGGAGCAGAAGAGUGUAGGUCACGUUGAAGACGGUGAAUCUAGCUUGGUUGUCUCGGAUUUGGAUUUCACUGUGGAUCAAUCGGCUUAUACGUAUUUUUGACAAUCAGCAAUGAUUUAAUAAAGCUUUUAAAUAAAAUUUAAUUAAUGUAUAAGAGGUUUGCUUAUUGGAAUGGAUAAUGUGAUAGAAUCUCA